ACAGCCUGGAAAGAGAACUCUGUUAGCAGCAGGAAAUGACAAAACGCAGAGAGAGAGAGAGAGAGAGAGAGAGGAAAGCAGAACUACAUGUUACCCUUGGCACACAUGACAUGAAGAAGCAUCAAGCAGGUGGGAGGAGCACUUAAAUCUUCCCAUACUUGCUUUUUCUCUCUUGCAAAUGCUCCCCUGGAGGAAUUUCCCCCACAGCUCAGCUUCAGCCAGAUUUACAGAAGGAAGAGGAGAUCAAUCCCUCCCAAUGAGUGCAAGACUAGCUGAAAGCGGAAGGUGGAGCUCUGCUAAGUCUAACUUCUAUGCUGCAAGAUCAGUUCAGCAACAGACUUGAGAGGAGCACAGUACGCAGCCAGUCCUAUAUUAAUUCCAUGGAUCCUGAACGGCUUGUCCAAUGCCCUUAUGAUAAGAACCACCAGAUCAGAGCCUGCAGGUUACCUUACCACUUGGUGAAAUGCAGAAAGAACAACCAGAAGAUCGCCAGAGAGCUCGCAACAUGCCCCUACAACGCCCGUCACAGAGUUCCAAAGCAGGAGUUAAAAUUGCACAUUGCAACUUGUGAGAACAAAGUUUCUCCAGAGGUCUUGGAGGUUACUUCAAGCAGAGGUGAUCCAAAGAACAGAAUCAAAGAGGUGACAGCCUGGCAGUGCCCCCCUCCAGAAGAAGACUGGGAGGCUGAUGCUGCUGAAUAUCCUGCUCCUCCUUUUGUUUUUGGCACCAGAGGCUCUCCUAUAUUUUAUCAGCUCUGGAAAUCUACUGCAAAGGUUUGGGGACCAUCCUAAUCUACUCUGUCAGGCUACCAAUGGCAAAAAAAUACUCAAAAUGUUACUGCAAGAUCACCACAGGGAUUCUCCAGAAGGAGCAGCAGAAUACAUACUUUUUUAAAACGCAGCUUCCUAAGAAAUGCUUUUAAAA